AUGAAUGAUACCAGCGAGAUACGACGAAGUUAGUCAGAAAAGGAAUCUGAUGUCGCAAUUCAGGUCCCAAAUCAUUAUAUAUGUUCCAGGGCGCGGGGCGACGCCCCGCUAGGGGGGGGGCGGGCGCCCUGGACCCCUUUUUGAGGCGUCUGCCGGGGAAGGAAGGCCGCAAAAGGGCGCCAAGGGGCCAUUCCCGGUCCCUUCCAGGCGCUUUGUGUCCCCUGGAGGCCUACGAAGUAGGUGGAAGGCCGAGCUUUGUGGCCCCUGGAGGCCUGGGAAGUAGGUGGAAGGCCUCAAGGGGGGCCAAGGGGCUCGCUGCCUCCUUCUCGUUUGCAUGUACCCUACAGACUUGAGGGGUUAGAUGGCAGCAGUGCACGGGCAGCGGAAGGCCUCCGAAGACGGCAAAAGGCGAGGGGCUGAACCCCCUGAGCCGUGCCGCCGGGACCCUCCGGGCCCUUGGUCAUCGGCUUGCUUGCUCUUGCGACCGUGGCCCGUAGGAACACGCUGAGAGGCCCAAGGGGAGGAAGGCGCCAAGUUUUGAGGCCUUCCGCCACUAGAAUCCGCGAAAAAUCCGCGCGGAAAAGCGCGCGGGCGCGCCACCACAGACCAGACCGCAGGGGGGGAGGGGGGGCCUUUCGGCCCGGAGUCAUAUAUAGAGUUAUAGUCAAAUAAAUGUGAUAGAAAAAUUCCAAGCAAAUGAUACUGUAAGCGACUCACUGGUGAAAUUAACUGCUCGUCUAUGUGAGUGGCUUAUAGGAGUGGCUCAAGUUAUAGUUAUUUUUUGGGUGAGAAUUAUUAUGAUAGAUAGUUUUAGAAGUUUAUUGCAGUCUCAACAGUCAUUUUUGUUAUCAUUCAGAAGAUCCAGGACUUCAUUUUUGUAUACGUAGUUGAAGGAUACUAAUUAGUCCCAGUAUUUUUUUUCGCAGUCAAUGGUUUUUUGUGGGGAUUUCGAGUCUCAGUGAGUGAUCUAUCAUUUCAGUCUGGUUACUGUCGAGGCCGAGCAAAGCGUAAAUGUUCCAAGAAAUUUUUGUGCUAAUGUUGUUACCGAGUCAUUUGGUAUUAUAAGCUAUGUGAUUCACGUCAGGCAGCAUUCUGAAUCAUAAUGUUAUUCUGAUCAAAACUCUGCGGGAGCUUGUCAUUAGUACUUAGAGUAUGAAUGUGCAAAAAAAAAAGAAAACGCGAGAGCCUAGACGAGGGCCGCCGACGUCGCCCAAUGCAAUGAAAUGAAAUGAUCACUAGCGUCAACUUUGAGCUCAGCACGGAGUCUCUAUUUAGUCAUUGGCAGUAAUACAUAUGUAGUACAAAAAGACUCACUUCAAAGUUCAAACCAUAUUAGAGAAACGAAGAAGACGAUGAAAUGAAAUACAGUUGGCCCCCGAUGCUAAUGAUGUUGUCAUGUACAGAAGCUAAUGCAAAUUGAUGAAACACGGUACAGAUGAAACCACUAACCGACGCCAAACGAUGCAAAAACAAAAGAUCUUCAAUGUGGUCUACGAAAAGUUUACGUUUUCAGCAGGCUCGGUUUUUUGCCCAUCGUUCAUCUCGAUGCCACAAGGGAGGUUCGAGGCAAGAUCUGCCCAGAAAGUAAGCCAUUGUCUGCAUGGUAAGCUGUAAUGCUUGGUAGUCGUCCCAGUAUGUUUACUGGUACAACCACGAGUAGCGAGAAGGCAACAAAAAACUAACAAGUAAUUCCUGCAGGAGCCUCUUCCGAGACGACAUCAAGGACUCUUUCCUCAUAUAAGAGUUCUUGAUGUAGUCACGGAAAUGCUUUCACAAAAGAAGGCAAAGCCUCUUCUCGAUUGGUAGGACAGCCUACAUCAUGAUACACACUACAACGAGAAGUUGGACGAUAAAAAGGAUUCAUCGAUGGCCUUAGUCUCAAACGAAGUGAUCAAAACCUUCUGGUUUGCUAGUUCUGCUCACAUGUAUGGAGUCUACUCAGAAGCAACACUAGAACUACGAUUCGGG